AUGAGGUUGAUGAUUCUGGGUACUGUGCUUACGGCAUGGGGCACUUAUGUCGCCGCGGAGACAUUGAUCGUUCGCGAAACCGUCCAAAAUCUACCAUCGGGAUGGAAGUUUGAGCAACCGGCCAAGGUAGAAGAACUCAUAACUUUAACGAUUGCGCUCAAACAGCCACGAAUCAAUGACCUAAAAGCCAAGCUAGGCCGUAUUAGCGAUCCGUCGGAUACUGAAUACGGACAUCAUCUGACCAGAGAGGAGGCAAAGACAUACCAGGCAAUCGAUCCGGAAACAGUAGACCAAGUCUACUCGUGGCUCGGCUCUAACGGCAUUACAGAUGUAGUAACGAACGGGCCUAUGAUCACGGUGACUUCUACAGCUUCCAACUUUAACAAGAUCCUGAAAACAUCCAUUGGCUACUACUCUUUUCAGGGGUCAUCUUCGGUCUUACGCGCUCCAUCCUACUCGUUUCCACAGCGACUUGAUGGGAGUAUCGAGUUUAUCUACCCCCUCUCGAACUUCAUGAGGCCACCUCGUUCGAAAUUGAGAUCCCGACCUGCCGUCAAGUCAUCCGUAUUAUCUACCAACGUGGAUGAUCAGCCUUGUCUGGCUGGUGUAACCCCCGCCUGUCUCAAAAGUCUCUACAAUGUGACAUAUGCUGAUACUUCGGUGCCCACCAAAUCCCCUGCCCGAUAUGGGAUAGCGGGCUUCCUCGAGCAGUAUAUCAAGUACGACGACGUUUUCAAGUUCCUCGAUACGUAUGCUCCCGAACUUACGCCAUUGGGGUAUAACUUCUCGGUUGCUAUGCUGAAUAACGGCACCAAUCCCCAACCUAAUGAGCCAAGAUCAAGAGCUGGAAUAGAGGCUAGUCUGGAUGUCGAGUAUGCCAUGGCCAUGGCUUACCCGGCAAAUGUGAUAUACUAUUCAACAGGAGGUCGAGGUGAGAAGGUCGAUCGCAACGGCGACCUCAUGCCGACUAAUCGGAGUGAUAACGAACCAUACCUGGAGUUUUUACGGCAUCUACUUGACCUUAGCGACGAAGAAAUACCCCACGUUGUGAGUAUCUCGUACGCGGACGACGAGCAAUCCGUACCGGCUCCCUAUGCGAAUCGCGUAUGCGAUCUCUUCGCUCUAGCGGCAGCUCGUGGCGUGACAUUCUUAUCCGGGUCGGGAGACGGCGGUGCUAGCGGGAUUGGACAGAAUCAGUGCUACAGCAACGACGGCGAGCAACGGAAGAUGUUCCUUCCCACAUUCCCAGCUAGUUGCCCGUAUGUCACGGCGGUGGGCGCCACGGGGAAUACCUUACCAGUAGAAGGUGCAGAAUUUAGUACAGGCGGGUUUAGCAACUACUUUGCCAGGCCGGAAUGGCAGAAUGAUGCAGUGGACGCGUACAUAUCUGCACUGGGAGACUCGCACAAAGGGCUGUACAACGAGAGCGGUCGCGCGUUUCCGGACAUUAGCGCCACAGGUACUAAUUAUGCCAUCCAGGUAGGAGGCUAUCAAACCGAUGUCUACGGGACCAGCGCAAGCACACCAGUCGUCGCAGCUCUGGUAGCUGUAAUCAAUGACUCAAGGUUGAAAUCCGGUAAGAACAGCACAGGAUGGCUCAACCCGGACGUGACCACGGGUAUAAGUCAGAGCUGUGCAUUUGGCGAGGAUACGGAACCUGGGUGGGAAAGUAAAGAAGGAUAUGAUUGCGUGACUGGUCUUGGCAUGCCUACAGUUCAAAUCACACCCACGUCUUCCGAACUCCUACAGCAUGUAGCCGACUCGCUGGGGAAAGCAAGGAAAGUCGUCAUAAUCACCGGUGCUGGCAUAAGCACCAAUUCUGGUAUUCCGGACUUCCGUUCCGAAAAUGGACUUUACUCGCUCAUUCAGGCGCAAUUUGAACGAGCCGAAGCUACCAGUUGUAAGGACGAAGAGGGACAAGCCACUGGUUUUGCUCUAAGUGGUCGUCCGGCUAAGAGAAGGAGACUAUCCCAGGCAGCUGAAAAGCCUGUUGAGGUUUCGCAAGACCCUAAUGGCCAUCACAAUCUUGUCAAGAUAGAUACGCCGGUGGGCAGCAAUGCCAUAAAUAUCCAAGACACCACAGCCCCUUCUGAACCAUUACUACAACGACUCACUAGAUCACGGUCGGGACUCCGUCCACCAUUACUUAAAAAGGCAUCGCAAUCUCGUAUGCCGUCUUCCAACCCCCGAGAUCCCUUACAUUCAGCUUCACCACUAUCGACCGCCUCCUCAACAGAAGAAUCGACAACCAGUGUAGCAAAAGGUCCACAUCUUAUCCAAUCGAAAGCCACCACCCCAAAAACGAUUCUGAGCGAAUCAUUCAGCUCGUCUCCUCUCUCCUCGCCGCCACCUAUCUUAUUCGAUCCUUACGAUAACUCUCACUCAUCUACAGAUGAAAGUUCACAACCAAGUGUCGUAUGUUCUGAUACGUCUGACACUGAAGAUGCGCAGAACUCAUUCGAUCUACUCUCCUCUCAAGCUUCCAACCCUAGCCUACGCAACAUGAAGGGCCGUGAUCUCUUCGAUUGUAACAUAUGGUCUGAUCCUUUGAAGACUUCCGUGUUUUACCGCUUUGCCACCACCUUGAGACAAAAAGUUAAGGACGUGGAGCCAACAGUAACACAUAGAUUCAUUGCCCAGCUUCGUGAUGUGGGGAAACUUGCUAGAGUUUACACACAAAACAUUGACGAAAUUGAGAAGAAGAUUGGUCUUUCUACCGACCUAAAGAAUGGUGCAGGCAACCGAAGAAGGAAGUCCGGUAGGCCACAGUUGGUCGGACAAGGGAAGGACUCAAAAGAGAAUGCGGACCCAACAAAAUGCGAUGGUCUUAGUGGAGUGGACAGCAGCCAGGCUUCGCAGAGCUCCGAGACUUCUGGACGAAGUAAUACACGAUCAGUUGUAACUCAAGACAAAGGAGUCGAAUGCGUAUUCCUCCAUGGCUCUCUACAUGCUCUGCGUUGCUUUGUAUGUGGAAAACUCUGUGACUGGGACGAAGACGGCCGCGAAGUCUCUACCAUGUUAGGCGAACAGCCAGAAUGUCCUCAUUGCGCAGGAGCCACUGCUGCAAGGCAGGAAAGGGGGAAGAGAGCUUUGGGUAUUGGCAAGCUUCGACCCGAUAUUGUUCUCUAUGGCGAGGAGCAUCCUCAGUCUGACCUAAUAUCCCCCAUUGUCCAGCACGACCUUUCAGCCGGCCCUGAUCUUCUUCUCAUACUCGGCACAAGCCUGAGAGUACACGGGCUGAAAGUAAUGGUCAAGGAAUUUGCCAAAGCUGUGCAUAACAAAGGGGGCAAAGUCAUAUUCAUCAACCUAACGAAGCCAUCGGAAAGUGCUUGGGGCGACAUGAUAGAUUACUGGAUUGCAUGGGAUUGCGACGCCUGGGUAGACGAUCUGAAGAAUAGAAAGCCUCAUCUCUGGCUGUCACCAGAUGAAAUCCUGGAAUUUGAAAAACAAAAACGCGAAGCGUUGGCAGAGAAGAAGAAGGAAAUCAUAUCCAAGAAACGGGAAAGCGUCAUGGAUAAAAAGCGCGAAGCGUUACAGCAGAAGAGGAGGCACACGAUUGGCGAAGAGAAACCCCGGCCACCACCCAAGAAUCCUUCUUCUAUGCGAAAUGAUUACCAAUGCGGUGCCUACGUAGUCUGGGAAAUAUUUCAAGCCCUGGCUAAGAUUGGCGACCGACCUUUUAACAAUCUUGGAUAUACACCUCCUCGCUUACCACCCACCGAGCCAGCGCCAGCCCCGAUGUCCCAGUCCCGUCCAGGCGUGGGUGCAAAGAAGCCAAGGCCGAGGAAAUCUGCCCCAGCAGCCCUUGUUCCUCUAACGGAUAGCUCUGCAAAGACGAACAGUACCCCGAAGGCGAACAAUACCCCGAAGACGAAUAACACUCCGAAAACGAAUAGCACCACAGAUUCUACGCCAAAGUCUACGCCCGUUGUCAAGGCCAAGUUCCCAGACGUAAACUGGAGCAGUCGGAAUAAAUAUGCAAAAGCUGCACAGAAACUGGCACGUACUGGCAAAUCCCCAACGCCGGUCAGAUUAGCUGAACUAAAUCGAGUCCCGACACCACAAGAGGCGAGCACACCCUCUCCGUAUGCUCCGCCUAGUUCCAUCACUGCAGCGGUUAAGGUGAAUCCUCGCCAACGAAAGCGGAAAAUGAUUGAUGGUGUUCCGGUUGGGGGCCCAGGUCUACUGAAGAAGCCUUCCUUGCCGUUGCCAACGCCACGACGUGGCAGUGGUAGGGAUAAUGUACCUCCAAAUCGGCCGAGCACUUCUACAGCUUGUCAUACGCUUUCCUCGAAAGGUCCCAUUUUACCCCCAUUUCAUCCUGGAUGGGAAAGUUCGCCUGCGGCAAAGAUAAAGCCUCUGGAACCAAGUUUGAAUGUAUCACCACCCAGCCCUUUAGCGGAUCUGCCUCCAAUAGUGCGACCAGAGAUCUUUGCCAUGCGUCAGGUCGUCCAUCCGAUGAGCUUUUGCGAUCCACUUGUCAAACUACGGUAUGACACUACAAAUUAUAAAAGGCCGGUUGAAGAAACCGGUAUAGCUACGUAUGAUACAACACCGAGUCCAUCGGACCAACUUCGGUGGGAGCUGGCUCGACAGGAGGCACUCGAUGGGACAGAAGCGCCUGAGGAGGUGAGGCGCUCGAGAUGA